UUCUCUUCAUUGGGAAAAAAACAAAAUUCUUCACUGCUUUUUCCCCAGCCACAGCCAACGAACAAAAAUCCACUCUCAAACUCUGUUUCACACUUCUUCGUGUUGUUCCCUGUUACUCUUGCCGGAACCCUAAUUGGAUCCGCCGAUGACUGUACGAUUCGGGAAUAGGUGAGAUCAAAAGGGUUGGGAUUUCCUCGCCGGAUGGAGGGAGGGAUUUACCCAUGGAUUAUGAUGACAAUGACUUUCAAAGCCAGAAUCUCCAUUUAGCUGGUGAAGGGAGCACCAAAUUUCCUCCAGCAUUAAGGCCAUAUGCUCUCCCUAAGUUUGAUUUUGAUGAAAGCCUUCAAGCAAAUUUAAGAUUUGACAGUUUGGUUGAAACUGAAGUUUUCCUUGGUAUUGAAAGUAACGAAGAUAACCAGUGGAUUGACGCAUUCUCCCGGGGUGGUAGUGGCAUAGAGUUCAGUUCAACUGCAGCUGAGUCUUGCUCCAUAUCAAGGCAUGGCAAUGUUUGGUCCGAGGCCACUUCCUCGGAAUCUGUUGAAAUGCUUUUAAAAUCUGUUGGACAGGAGGACUAUAUUCCUAGGCAAACCGUUAUUCAGGAAUCAGAUGCCUGUGAUGAACUGGCCUGCUUAGCUAAGCAAAUGGACCCCAAUCCAAAACCUGAGGAUAAAAAAGAAUUUCAAGAUAAUGUUACAGAUUUACAUUCACCUGGUGGUUCUCAUGCAAGUUUUUCUGGAUUGAAAGAGCAUGUAGGAAUGGAAAAGUUUCAGGAUGCAGUGUCACAAGGUCAUGAAAGGGAAUUAUCCAUCAUUGGAAGUUCAGGUAAUGCAGAACUAAGUGAUAUUUGCAGAAAUAUUGACUUGCCUAUGUCUGAGGGGAGUCUGACACUUAUUACUGAUGACAAAUGUAACAAUGCAGACCAACAAGAAGUUGGGACUGUCGCCGAUGACUCACAUCAUGGCAAAACACAUGAUUCAUCUGCAGUGCAAACUAAUAUUGCUGAAUCAUCUAUGCAAAAUUUGGGUGAUGAGAAGCAAGGUCCUUUACAAACACAAACUAAUAAUCAUGAUUUGAACUCUUCUAUGAUGAAUAAAAAAGCUCUUGUAGACACACAGACUAUGGAUGGAAAUGCAGUUGGGAGCAAUACGCAUCAUCCAGAUAAACCAAUUUGUCCAACCCCUGCAAAAGAAACUUUGGAAAGUGGGAGUGUAGGUGAAGGUCUCGAGACUGGAUUAAGUAGUAUAGAGGAUUCCAUGAGAAUGGAUUCUGUUGCAGUUUCUGACUUGCAGAAAGCAGAAAAAUGUAGUGAAGAUACUUGUUUUAGCGAUCUGUCUCGGGACAAUGCAAAUGAAGAUGCAAUGUUACUUAACGAUGUGCUCAUGAACAAUGAAUCUGCACCAAAUGCAUGUGCGUUGCCAACUAUUUCUAUCAAAGAUGAUUCUAUCUCUGAGGAGCAGGCGGUUGAUGCUAGUAAUUCCAGUUGUGAGAUUUGUCCUACCAUACAGCAGAAUAUGGAUGUCAGGGACACAAAGACAUGUGGUGACCAUGUGGGUAAUGAGCUAUCAAACACUGGUGACCAUGUGGAUACAGAGAUGUUAUCAAGUAAGUCAGAGUCAUCUGGGUUUACUGUUGAGGAACAUAAUGUUUCCACUAUUAGUGAAGGAAAUGUUGAUGACAGGGAAGGAGGUUUCUCAGGUUUCAGUGUGGCAGUUUCGUUAAAAAAAUCUUCCAUUUUGGGUGAGUCAACUCAAAUAUGUGUAAGCAAUGAAUCUGACAGACAGAAUGAGUGUGAAAAGUUUGAUCAAGAUGUUUCUGUCAAUGAUCAAGAUGUUUCUGUCAAGGAUCAAGAAAGUAAAAAGAUUCCUUAUGACUCUAACCAGAAGCAUUGUGAUGUUGAUCAAUCCCAUCCUGUUGACAAGGGAGUUGUUUCGUCAUCUCUUAGUGCAGGUAGCAUGGAAACUGAGUUGACAACCUCCACAGGAUCAAUUGAAGUCAUACCUGCAAACAAUUCAGUUUCACAAGUUAUUUCAGACAAUAUUAGCUUGACAUCGCAUGAGAUUAUAGACAUUCCACCUCCUCCUAGCAAAGUUGUUUCCACUCAUGAAGUUACUGGUCACAAUGAUUUUCAAGGGAUAACUCCUGUUGAAUCUUCUUCUGUCAAGGAAAAGGAAGAAUCAACAGUCAAAAUAGCUGAGGAUGCAGGCACCCUUGUUGGACCUUCUGAGCAGGAAACUGCUCCUUGUCCUGUUGCAGGAACCGAAAAACUUUCUGUUGAUGCAUCUAAACAACCAUUAUGUGAUGUCGCAAGUGAUGUGCAUAACAUAGGUACUAGUGGUGCUGUAAAGAUUGAUGAACCUCAAGGAACAUCAAAUGAUGAGGUUAUUCAGGAAUGUGCUAAAGAGACUGUUAUGUCUCAAGAUCUAUGUGUAUCAUCAGAGAAACAGGGUGACUGUGUCACAAUUUCCUCACUUAAGAAUGACAAGGAGACUGUACAGGAUAAUCCUGACAAGUGUUCCUCAAAAGAAUUAGGUGACAAUUUAACUGGAAACCAAGGUUCCAUAUCUACUGCUUAUUUACCGAACCCCUGUGUUGAGUUGCGUGAGACUGGAAGUGGAAGCCUUCCUGCCAAUAGUACUUGUAGUCCGUCUAGUACAUUUGGGAGCACUUCCCAAACUGAAAAGGAUGAGAAUCAAGUUAAGGCUUCUGCUAAUGAAAAACCUCAAGCCUCUGAGUUCAUAGAUGGUGUUGAAAAAAAAACAUUAUCUACUGCUCAAGAUCUAAAGGGGAAUAAUGCAUCUAAAGAUGAUAGAAGCUCAACUCCUGAGCUAAAUUCAGCAGUUGAUUUGUCCAAAAAAGAUGUUGCUGAUGUGAAUACAGAAGAUGCUGGCAAGAGGCAAUCAAUUCCUGUUUCUGCAACCAUCAAAGCAUCAAAAGCUAUGGAGGGAUCUCCUUCAACAUCUGGGAUAGGUUCCUUAAAAGCCAAGACUGUAGGACAUAUCUCCCAUGGAAAUCCACAAAUAUCAGACAGAGGGGUAGCACAUAGUGCCCCUAAAGCUACGCCUGAGCGCAAAACUAGGCGAUCAUCCAAUAAGACAGGUGGAAAAGAAUCUUCUAGAAGAGGAAGUCAUAUGAAAGACACUACUCCAUCUAGACAGUCUGAUAGAGGUGAUAAAUCAACCAAGGUUUCCCUUAGCCCAUCUCCUGCUUUCCAGCUGAUGCAGUCAAAUGAGGUGCAGCCGUAUGGACACAUUGAUUCAAACAGCACAAAGUCAUUUGCUCUUGUAAAUACUUCAACAUCUAGCCUUCCAGAUUUGAACACUUCUGCGUCACCUGUUUUGUUUCAUCAGCCUUUCACAGAUCUGCAGCAAAUACAAUUGCGUGCACAGAUCUUCGUCUAUGGAGCUUUAAUUCAAGGCACAGCCCCUGAUGAGGCGUAUAUGAUAUCAGCUUUUGGGGGAUCAGAUGGUGGAAGGAGCAUUUGGGAGAAUGCCUGGUGUGUCUGCAUGGAAAGGCAACAUGGUCAAAAAUCUCUUCCUGUUAAUCCAGAAACACCUAUGCAUUCACGAUCUGUUGCUAGAACCGCUGAUUCAGCAUUAAAACACAGUACAGUUCAAGGGAAAGGUAUCUCUUCACCACUUGGUCGAGCCAGCAGCAAGGCCACUCCAACAAUUGUGAACCCCUUAAUACCGCUUUCGUCUCCACUUUGGAGUCUUCCAACUCUCUCUAGUGAUUCCCUUCAAUCUAGUGCCAUUGCAAGAGGCUCAGUUGUGGAUUAUCCGCAGGCAAUUACUCCUUUGCAUCCUUAUCAAACUCCUCCUGCUAGGAACUUUCUUGGACACAAUACACCUUGGAUAUCCCAAACCUCCCUUCGGGGACCUUGGAUUGCUUCUCCAACUGCUGCACCUGACAGCAGUACCCAUCUUUCUGCAUCACCUGUCUCAGAUACAAUUAAGCUAGGUUCAGUGAAAGCAUCUUCUCUGCUGCCUACCUCUGGCAUAAAGAAUGCUGCUUCUGGCCUCCCUACUUCCAGUGCAGGUUUGCAAAGUAUCUUUCUGGGGACUGCCUCUCCACUUGAAGCAAACAAUGUGACAGUACCACCUCCUCAGCAUUCUUCAGAUCCAAAGCCCAAGAAAAGGAAAAAAGCUGUGGUAUCUGAGGAUCUUGGCCAGAGGGCUUUGCAAUCGCUGCCUCCUUCUGUUAUUAGCCAUACAUCUACUUCUGUUGCUGUUGUGACCCCGGUUGGGAAUGUGCCAAUAACUACUGUUGAGAAAUCAGUUGUGUCUGUAUCUCCUCUUGCUGAUCAAUCCAAAAAUGAUCAAAAUGUUGAGAAAAGGAUUAUGUCAGAUGAGUCUCUUAUGAAAGUUAAGGAGGCUAGUUUACAUGCAGAGGAAGCUUCUGCUCUUUCUGCUGCUGCAGUUAAUCAUAGCAUAGAGUUAUGGAGUCAGUUGGAUAAGCAUAAAAAUUCGGGAUUGAUGUCAGAUAUUGAGGCUAAAUUAGCUUCUGCAGCUGUUGCUGUUGCAGCUGCUGCAGCUGUUGCAAAGGCAGCAGCUGCAGCAGCUAAUGUUGCUUCAAAUGCUGCUAUUCAAGCAAAACUGAUGGCUGAUGAAGCAUUGGGUUAUGAUAAUUCUAACCAAAGUAAUCAAAUUUCUCUUUCUGAGGGUACAAAUAACUUAGGAAAAGCUACCACUGCUUCAAUCUUGAAGGGUGCUAAUGGAACCAACAGUCCUGGCUCUAUCAUUGUUGCGGCAAAGGAAGCUGUUAAAAGGAGAGUGGAAGCUGCGUCUGCUGCCACCAAAAGAGCUGAAAAUUUGGAUGCUGUUGUAAAGGCUGCUGAGCUGGCAGCAGAAGCUGUAUCUCAAGCAGGAAAGAUUGUAACUAUGGGUGAUCCUUUGCCAUUAAGUGAUUUGGUAGAAGCUGGCCCAGAGGGAUGUUGGAAAGCAGCUCGAGAGUCUUCUCAGCAAGCUGUAAUAUUGAAAGACAUCAGUAGAGAUAUGGUGAACAUUGACAAUGUUAGAGAUAUUCCCGAAACUUCUCAUACACAUCUCAAAGACAUUUCAUCGGGUGAUGUUUCAGCUUCUAUUAAGAUCAAUGAAAAGAAUUCAAGAGGACCAAAAGGCCGCAAGGUUUCUGAUUUAGUCAAGCCUGGUGUUGUUCCUGGAUCUGACUCUGAAAUACAGGCUCCUUCUUUCACUGUUAGUAAUGGAUCUGAAAAUCUUGAAGAAAAUAACAUCAAGGAGGGCUUACUUGUAGAGGUUUUCAAAGACGAGGAAGGGUACAAAGUUGGAUGGUUCACAGCCAAUAUUUUGAGUUUCAAGGAUGAUAAAGCUUAUGUAUGCUACACUUCACUUGUAGCUGUUGAAGGACCCUUAAAGGAAUGGGUCUCACUUAAAUGUGAAGGAGACAAACCCCCCAGAAUACGUACUGCUCGCCCUCUUACUACUUUGCAAUAUGAAGGGACAAGAAAGAGACGUAGAGCAGCUAUGGGAGAUUAUGCAUGGUCUGUUGGGGAUAGAGUUGAUGCAUGGAUACAAGAAAGCUGGCGGGAAGGAGUAAUCACAGAGAAGAAUAAGAAAGAUGAAACAACAUUAACUAUCCACUUUCCUGCUAGUGGAGAAACAUCAGUUGUUAGAGCUUGGCAUCUUCGACCGUCCCUUAUUUGGAAGGAUGGGAAAUGGAUUGAAUCUUUCAAAGUGGGAGCAAAUGACAGUUCUACCCAUGAGGGCGAUACACCACAUGAAAAACGACCUAAACUAGGUCAUGCAGUAGAGUUUAAAGGAAAAGACAAGAUGUCAAAAGGUAUUGAUGCUGUGGAGUCAGCAAACCCUGAUGAGAUGAGAUUGCUUAAUUUGACUGAAAAUGAGAAAGUGUUUAACAUUGGUAAGAGCAGCAAGAAUGAAAAUAAACAGGAUGCUCAUAGAAUGGUGAGGACCGGUCUUCAAAAAGAAGGAUCGGGAGUGAUUUUUGGUGUUCCUAAACCUGGGAAGAAAAGGAAAUUUAUGGAAGUAAGCAAGCAUUAUGUUGCACAUGAAAGCAGUAGAAAUGAUUCAGUUAAACUUGCAAAUUUCUUGAUGCCUCAAGGUUCAGGAUCCAGGGGAUGGAAAAAUAGUUCCAAAAAUGAUACCAGACAGAAGCUUGGAGCCGACUCCAAGCCCAAGACUAAAUCUGGAAAACCACAGAGUGGGGGUAGAGUGAUCCCACCAAAAGACAUUUCGUUAUCAAAUGCGUUUUCUCUCACCAAUGAUCAGACAGGUCAUACAGAAAGGAUCAAGGAUUCUUCAAACCAUUUCAAGAAUGCUUCCCAGAGUGAAAGUCAGGUGGAGAGAGAACCCUACUCUUCAACUGAUGGAGCAACACAAGGACCAAUGUUGUUUUCGUCACUGGCUACUUCCAGUGAUGCUAUCCCCACUAAAAGGACAUCCACAUCAAGAGCAAGUAAAGGAAAACUUGCGCCUGCCAGUGAUAAGUCGGGUAAGGGUGAGGCAGAAAAGGUUUUAGCAAAAUCAGCAUCUGACGUCAUUGAGCCCCGGAGAUCCAAUCGCAGAAUUCAACCAACGUCGAGACUAUUGGAAGGAUUGCAGAGUUCUUUGAUCAUCUCAAAGAUUCCUUCGGUUCCACAUAGUCGUAAUACUUCAAAGGGUAAUAACCAAGGUUGAUUGGAAGGAACUUGCAAUGAUGCGUUACAGUUAAAAAGACCAGCUCUGUUAUUAGAUGAUCGACAUACCUAGCAUAGAUGUGUAUAUUUAUAAUAGGGAACCUAGGAAUGCAAAUUCUUACUUCUAUGAUUUAGGCAGACUAUAGUUCAGUUGACAGUCGGUCAUAUUGAUUUUAGUUUUAUUUUAAACGUGAUUUGAUCCCCUAAUCUUAUGGCACCGUAGGCUGUACUGUAUAUGGAAAUUCUCCAUGUUACCUUGUUUGUAGAGGUUUGACGAUCAAAUGAUAACGUGAUGCUCUACACGCCAACUUCCCUUUUUAAUAACUUCGCCAGAUAAUGCGUUGAGAAAAGUGGGAAGUUAUUUAUAUACACAUUUAAUCAAUAUAUUGAUUU